CGGAGAGCGCGCAGUGUGCGCAGUGCGCUCCCCACCGCGUGUGCGUAGUGUGUAACCCCCGCGCGGCCGCCAUCUUUGUCAAGUGGGUAACUUUUGUUGAUUUGUGUGAAAUGUGACGCCGUUGUCGCGAGAUAAUUGGUGAUCGUGAUUACGUAUCCCAGUGCGUCGAUACCCAGUGGAUCUGUUACUUGCGCCGUGUUGUGUGGAUUUAUCGAUGGGAUUGCCGUAUUCAGGGUCAGCGCAAUAACCCGCGGUGAAAACGUGAGAGGAGACAUUGAGGGCUAGCAUCUAAGCCGAGAAACCGGAGAGUCCGCAGCAGGAUGUAAACGUCGCUGCCGAUUGUGACGUCGCCUAUCGGCAGGAGGAGGAGGAGGAAGCACUGGCCGUGACUUCGUCGUCGUCGUCGUCGCCGUCCGCGCCGUUCGCGCCGCCGACGGAGACGCGAUGGACGAGCCCGAGUCGCCCGAGACUUGGUCGGCUUGGUUUCUGGACGCGAUUCGGAAAAUCCGUAGCCAGAAACAGCGACCGAGCGUCGAACGAAUAUGCCACGCGAUACGGCAGCAUCACAAUUACCACGAGGAGGAAAUCGCCGAGCAUUUGGAGGUUGCCGUAAAGCGUGGCGAUGUGCUCAAAAUCUUUAACAAGGGCCAGUCCUCGUACAAGGACCCGUGUGGUUUGCAGUCCAAGACGCUCAAGGUUACAAAGUCGACGGACAUCAGCAAGGUCGUAGGCAAGGCUGUGCGUGAGCUCGGCGAACGCGACGGUUCGAGCCUGAAGAACAUUGAAAAGUACAUCAGGCAAAGUCACACCGUCGAGGAGGAGGCCGAGGGCGAUCUUCGAAUCGCCCUCAGGUUGUCCGCAAAGCGAGCGGUCGAACGAAACCUGGUAAUCCAGGAUGGCAAGCUCUUGCGACAACCGGAUAGGCCGCCGUAUGUCAAGAAGCAAAGCGAUGCCGCUCAUGCGCCGCCCGCGGAACCGCCCGCGCCCAAGUUGCCGGCGCCGCUACCAAUAUGCAAGGAGUGCCUCGGUGCCACGGUAGCCGGCAAUAACAACAACACCAAACGAAAUGCCAACGAGAAGCUGAGCAGGUGCAGUGUCUGCGGCGCAGCUUUACAUAAUUCCUGUGCGCCCCCGGAACUUUCGAUACUCGUUGAUCGAGGGAUAACUUGGUCCUGUGAUGACUGUUCGCCGAUCUGCGCCGGUUGUCAGCUUGAACGGGAAUCGCAGAGUUAUCUUGUUAAGUGCUCUGGCUGUGUGAAUUGUUAUCAUCCCACUUGUCUUGAUCCCGCUCUCGAUAAAAAGAACAAGACGCCCUGGAAGUGUCGACACUGUCAAACGGCACAUACGCCAGUGAGCAAGGAGGACGGUAAACGGGGCAAGGCGCAGGAAGCAAAUUCAUCUGACGACACACCGAGCGCGAGGAAGAGGCUCAGCAAGUUGCGUGAAAAUCGAAAAUCGAUAGUAUCCAGAAAAUGUUUGGCAAACACAUAUCCCGGCAAAAAGAGCGGUGCGGGAGUGGCUCAGGUGGACAGCAGCACGGACGGUAAUGCGGGUGUUGUCCCCCCUCGUCAACCACCUUUGAUUUCCUUUCCUUUACCACAACCCCCCACCCCACUCGCAGGCCAGGGUAGGCUACUCGAGGAAAAGAACGACAGGAUCUCCAAGGAGAAGCAAAAGUUCUUUAGAUUGAGUGCAUUUAACGCUGAGCACAGUAAAUUGAAGCGGGUGGGGGGCGGUGAUAAAUCUAGGCCCUCGCGGAACAUUAGCGCUAGGUCAACACGGGGUGCUACCGCGAAUCUAAAGAAAGUCGGAACGUCACGAAUAUCUAGCAACAAUAGCAGCAGCAGCAGCGAGGCCGGUAAUAAUAGUAGCGAGAACUCUGAGGGUAGUGACAGUAGCGACGAGGAUGACGAUGAGGACGACGUAGACGACGAGGAGGAUAAUAGUUCGAGUGAGAGUAGUGAUUCCUCCUCGUCGGACGAAACCCAGAACGGGAGACUCGAAUCUUCCAAGACGAAACCACCGUUUGUUUGUGACUUAAAUGAGGAUAAGCCAUGGGGUUUCGCCGCCGCCGCCGCCAAGCUGAAUGUAGAGUCGCCAUUCUUCAGCAAUAUCACAAACACCUUUGGCGCAUCUUUACCUAAACUCGAUGUGAGCGAUACUCCGACUUUUGGCUUGCACAUACAGCAACCCGCUGCUGUUGCCAAUUUAUCGGACAAUAAAAAGAAAGACAAAAACAUCGCACAAACUCCGGUUGCCUUUGCAAGCGCGGAUAACAAAGUCAAGCCUGGGAGCGGCCAGUUGAGGAGUCUCUUUGACGGCUUGAGUCACUUUUUUUCAGCACCUGCAAAUAGCAGAGCGAGAUCGGCCGGUGUACCGGCGCCAAAUUACGCGCCAGAUCGAAGGAAAAGGCCUAAUACGAAUGAUAUCUCUAAAACGAACAAAAUUCCAAGAGGCGUGCAAAGAAAUAAACCGGAUGAUUUAUCUGGCACGAGUAAACUCAAGGACCGAAAAAAGACUGAAGUUACCGCUGAGAUAUCGAGAGUACCGAAGCCUGGCAUCUUCGUACCUUCCGAUGAGUGCGUGUUUACCUCGCUUGACGAGAAAUUGCCGAGGAUGACGCCUUCGGGUCUGGUGAAAACCGCAGUGAAUAGUAAAAGGCAUGAGCAUGAGAGGAGAAAAUUGAUGCGAGAUGACAUGUCAUCGCUUGUAAAAUGCGCCGCCGCGGAUUCGUUGUCACCAUCAUCGUCAUCGUCGAAACACGAGCAACAGCAUCAGCAAUUGCGUAAGAAGCAAACGGCUGCGGAUUCGAAUACGCAGAUACGCCACCCUGUGCCCGCCGUUGCGAAAUCCUCAGACCUAGGAUCCGAUCCCUCCGUCAAAUCGAAUCCCAACCUAAAGUCCAAUCCACGAGCCUGUACUAGCGCCACCACUACCAACACCACCACGACACCCCGCGCGACACCCUGCUCCACCAGGAAGGAGGAACCUGUCGUACAGCAAACGUUGCCACCAGGUGUCACGCCAAAAGAUGUGGAUCUAAUCAAGGAGGCUCGAGAAAGGGCUCAGUUGACCGUUAGUAGUGACGAGGAACAACCAUUGUGCGUCAAUACACCGAACGCGUCCGGCACCGCAUCCCGCAACCCCGCCGCAAUAGUGUUUGGCCGUUAUGAGGUGGAGACAUGGUAUUCAAGUCCGUUUCCUCAAGAAUACGCGCGAUUGCCGAAAUUAUUCUUCUGCGAAUUCUGUCUUAAGUACACGAAAAGUCGAGCCGUGUUAGAUAGACAUAUGGACAAAUGUCAAUGGAGGCAUCCACCCGCUACUGAAAUUUAUAGGUGUAAUGGAUUGUCCGUAUUUGAGAUCGAUGGUAACGUAAACAAGAUAUAUUGUCAAAAUCUGUGUCUGCUAGCAAAAUUAUUUUUGGAUCAUAAGACUCUCUAUUACGACGUAGAGCCGUUUCUAUUCUACGCCAUGACGAAAAACGACAAAUACGGUUGCCAUUUGAUCGGUUACUUCAGCAAGGAAAAACAUUGUCCGGCUCAGAGGUACAACGUGUCCUGUAUUAUGACGCUGCCGCAGUAUCAGCGACAGGGUUUUGGCAGGUUUCUCAUAGAAUUUAGUUAUCUAUUGUCCAAAGUCGAAGGCAUUCCGGGAACACCAGAGAAACCACUCUCGGAUCUUGGUCGAGUAUCGUAUCAUUCUUUUUGGAAGAGUGUAGUGCUGGAAUACCUGGAUGCACAUCGAAACGCCAUCGAUAUCAAACUCAGCGACAUUACAAAGAUGACUGGCGUAUCGGCGCAUGACAUCGCUACUGCGAUGCAACUGCUCGGAUUCAUAAGAUCGGUUCACUUGCCAGGCGACGGGAAUAUUAAUAAAGUGGCUGUGGUAGUCGAUUGGAGCAAGGUAGAUGCUCACAUGGCGAAAGUACGAAAGAGUUCCCGCAUCAAACUGGAUCCCGAUUGUCUCAGAUGGAUACCAUUACUCACACAAAUCCCUAAUCCUUAUCAGAGCCCGGAAGAGAGCGGUGACACUAGUUCGGAAAUAUCUCCUACGGUAGAGCCUAAGCCUGUGCCGGCGGUCGUCGAAAAGAUACAAAAAGUGAAAAUAAAGAAGAAACCCAGGGGAAGAAGGACAAGUCAGAGGAGAUUGACGCCUUUGAAACCGAAAACUUUGCAAAAGAUUGCAGCAUCUUACAAGUACGCGACCAAAGAGGAAAAGAAUUUUAAAGAUACAAAGGAAGUCAAGGCGAUAAAAGAAUUGAGAGAGCCGAAGACAUCCAUAAGAGAAAGCCGUAAUGUCGAGAGCGCGGAGAGUCGGAAAGACGCAGCAGCGGAAACUAAAAAUGUGACAUCUACGCCGAGAAAUUCGCGCACUGCCAGUUCGGCAAAAAAUACGACUCCAUCGACUCCGCCGAAAGCGGUGCAAAUAAUGACGAUGUCGAGGAGAAGGAUCAGACCACCCAAGACGCUUAUAUCCGAAUCUGUUAUCACUCCUUUGAGAAAACGAAAACAUUCCGAGAAGACUGAGAUUGAGGAAGAAAAGGUGGAAGUCGGCAGUAGAAAGAGGACGCGAGAAUCUCUGAGGGAGAAGGAAAAGGAAAAAGAGCGAGAAACGCAGCGUGAACGCGAAAGAGAAAAGGAGAAAGUAAAAGAGAAGGAUAGUAAAGCGAAGGAAAAAGAAUCUACAAAAGAAACAUCGGUAGAAACUAGGAAGACACCUCCCAAAUUGGACUCGACGCCAAGUCCACCCAAACCGGCGAAGAAACAGUGCAAAGUGGAUGAUAUUUUACAUAAGGUUACGAGCAGGCAAACUAAAUACUUGCAAGCGAAAGAGAAGAAAGCAUUGGAGGAAACAAUACAGUGUAACGGUAAAGAGGAAACACGAGACGUUAAAAACUUGCCGCUAUCUAGGCGGGGCAGAGGUAAAGCGACGGUGGAGACUUUGAAGAUGCCACAACUUACGCCGGAAUCUCCGAGCGCGAAAAACCGAGCUGAGAGUCCUGUGAUACCACCUCCCUCGUUGUCUCCACCGCCUGAAUCCGUAAAAAGCUCUCCGACUCGAAAUAAACAGCCGUCCGUGCCCGAAUCACCUCCCGCAAGACAUUUCAAUAAUGGAGAUAACAAAAGUGAGAGCGUAGAAGAUAAUGGAUUGCCCGUUCCCACAGAAACAGAAGUAGUAUCUGCGAGUUCCGGCGAAUACGAAGGCGGUGAUGAAGAUGAAGGAGAAGAGGAAGAAACAGCCGCACCGACUCCUAAACUCGUGACGCAAUCGGCGUCGUCCGAUACGGAGAACCCUGCGAAAAAACCAUGCGAGAACGAGAAGGUAGAUAACAAGCAGGAAAAGAGCAACGAUGAAAGUUCAUUGCAGAAAACAGAAGCGGAUCCACCACUAACGGUCAGCGAUGAUCAGACUGAAGAAAUUUUAAAUGAAUGUGAUAAAGACUUCGAAACUGACAAACGUCGUCCCGUUUGCAGUCCGGAGACAUCGAAAUCAGUACCUGAACCAGUUGCUUCACCAAAAGAAGAAGAAGUCGAGAAGUCGGAGAAUAUACCGGAGAAGGAUAAACAUGAUAGCCCUCUUAAAGAGAAGCUCAUUUGCGAAAUGCCGAAAGACGCCGUAAAAAUUGAUUUGUCGCGACCGAAAGUGGAAUCUGCUCUUGCUGAGAAAAAGAACACAUGCGCUCUCGAUACUAAUACGGUGCUGACAUCCGAGACCGAACCACUUACGCCGCAAGAGAAAACAUUACCUACCGUGGAGCAUCAAGAAACAACCUUGCAAUUACAAAGCCAAACGGAGGAAUUGAAGCAGCACUCGCCUGAAAGCGGCAAGACAACGCCUCAUCUGGAGAAUCCAGGCUCGGUGAAGAGAACGCCGCCGUCGCAACCUGACUUGCCAUCUAUGGGAGUUUACACACCGGACUCGACAACCAAUUCCGUACACUCGCUACAUUACGGACAAUGUGAUCUGGAUGUUAGUCAACUGGGCUUGGAAUCGCCCACUUCUAUAGCUAGCGACCUCGCAUCGCAAAAUAGCGUGGAGAGGCCGCCCAGCGCUUUACCAUCGAUUCCGCCACCCGUCAGCGUGCCCAUCUCGAUUUCCAUGCAAAUUACAACGCCGGUGACUUCAACACCAGUGCCAUCGGUGAACAUACCGCCGCAGGUGCAGUACGCCACCGACUGUAGUUCGAUAUCGCAACACACGUCAGGACAUCAUCCGGGGAUCCAUUCGAUGCAUCAGUCGCAGUCUCUCCAGCAACCGCGUACCCCACAAUCGCACACUCCGCAAAACAUAUCGACGCAAAGUCCGCAGCCGCUUCCUCAGAGCCACACGCCGCAACCAUUAUCUCAGUCCCACACGCCGCAGAGUAUACCGACGCAAAGCCCCCAACCCUUACCACAGAGUCAUACGCCACAGCCCUUGCCCCAGUCGCACACACCGCAGCCGAUGCAACUAUCGCUGGCGCAGAAUCAGAAUAUGACACAUAGUCAGUCUCAACAGACGCAAUCGCAACAGCAGUCACAGCAGCAGCAACAACAAUCUACGCAUCAACAACAGUCGCAACAACAACAGCAGCAGCAGCCGCAACAAUCUCAAUCGCAUAGCAAGCGAACCAGCGGCUCGCAAAUUACUCACAGAUCUAGAUCGACGCAACAGAGUAGCAGGUCACAUCGGGCCACUCCACCGACAUCUCAUACUACGCAAACCUCCCAACAUAGCGCCGUGACGUCUCAGAGUCAUAGCAGUAGUGUGGCACAUGUUGCAGUGCCGCAGUAUCAACAAUCGCCAUCGUCGAUGAGCGUGCCACCGGCGGUGCCGCAUCCACACACGCACAUUCCGCAUGCCGCGCACUCGCACAACAUGGCGGUGAUCUCGCAGAGCAAUUAUAUGGUAGCGGGCUCGCAGGGCUUCCCUACACAGAACACCUACGUGAUCCAGCAUCGAAGUGGCCGUUCCGGCGCCCCGACUCCUUGCACUACCGCCACCAACUUUUACAUACAGACCAGCGCGAUGCCGCCGCAUUCGCACACACCGGCGCCGACACCACUUUCCGCCUCUGGCGGCAGUCAUCAGACCACCAACUCGUGUAGUUUGACCAAGUUGCAGCAAUUGACCAAUGGUUUAGAUAUGAUAUCGCCCACGCCACCGCCGGCGAUGAAUCUCACACCACCGCCGCCGAUUCCGCACACCAUGACGCCGCCACAAACAUCGCGACAAUUACCGACGCCACCUCAAGUACCACUCGGCUACGCGAAAAAUUAUUACAAUGUCAACACUGUACCGCCUGGCACGCCCGGACCACCCAGUCGAUCCGCUUCACGAUCGUCCGCAAACGCCAAUAUGCCAUCGCUCACGCAGGCGUAUUCCAGCGAGAGUCUUUACCGGCAGACUCUCGAUCCGGGUGGCACUUGUCCGCAAAUGCAGAGUGCUGCAAGCCGUGUCAGCCCGAACGUCGCCCUCAACACGAAUCUCAUGGCAGCCGCUCAGUAUGGCUAUCGCGUGGCACAACCGGCUACCGGUUAUCAAGCAGCUAUGAAUCAAGCAGCGCAGCUCGGCGGCUUUAUGAAUCAAGCGAGUCAGCUGCCAGUUGGAGUAGUAAAUGUACCAACGUAUCCGCAGGACCCGCAUCAACAAAAUCCAGCGGCAGUCUAUACUACAUACCAUGGCUACAUUAACGGUGGUCUCAUGCAGCCUCUCAAUAGCACGAUGAGGCCGCGCUAGCUGUCACGUUCGUCGUCUCCCACUUUGAUCACUACGUCGAUCUCUCCCGACGUUCGACGGGCGAACAAACUAACUUCUUCACGCGACAAGUUAAUGCUCUCUUCAAUACGAUCGCCGAUGGGAACUUGAUCUCCUACUACUAUGUGAUCGGCAUCACGGACAUUUUUACUUCCUCGAUCCACUCAUUGCUUCUAUCUUCUGUCCGUCAGCCAGUCAACUAUAUUUCUAUUCUCUUCAAACUGGUUCGCUUGUAAUUUUCUCAAUUUAGGAACACUACGUGGAACCUUCAAAGGCAAAGAUGCUCAUUUCUGCGUUUUACUGACAAGAAUGCCGCAUUGACAACUUGGUGCGGUAAUUUGCGAAAAAAUUAAAUAUUUUAAUAGAAAAAAGGAUAUAAUAGAAACGUUUGGCGUAAUCCGUUUGUCAGAUACAAUUAUAUUUUAUUUUUUAUCUCAUCUUAGUGAAAUACAUAUAUUCGUGAAUAACAAAUAUAUUAGCGUAUAUUUCAUAUUUAUACGUGUAUAUAUAUAUAUAUAUAUAUAUAUAUAUAUAUAUAUAUAUAUAUAUAUAUAUAUGAAAUAUUCGAAUGAAAUAUUUCUAAUGUAUUAGCUUAUAUAUAUAUAUAUAUAUAUAUAUAUAUAUAUAUAUAUAUAUAUAUAUAUAUGUGUGUGUGUGUGUAAACUAAUAUAUUCGAAAUUGCGUUAUUAUGCAAAUUUAUAUGUCCAAUUUAACACCAGAUUUAUUUUUAGAAAAAAAAAAGAGAAAGAUAAGGAGGAUAAGUAAUGUCCUCUCAUUUCUUCUCUACGUUUAUCGACAGCAGGACGUUUUUCUUCUCUAUGCUCGAGGAAGGCUCGUAUUAAACUGAUUCUUAACUUGUCGACACAAAGAUUGCACACAAGGUACAAUUUAAUCAUAGUUAUCUUCUUUCGAAAGCACGAGUUCGCGUAAACUUGUGCAUUUAAAAUAAAAGGAAAGAUAAAACGAAGAGGUAAAAACGUUAUCUUGGACGAAUUUAAUUUCAGUCGGCUAAGAUAUUGUUUUUUCCCUUUCUCAUCCCUGAUUGAAAGAGAGAAGAGUGAAAAAAAAAAAUGCGAAUACCUAUUUUUAGUAGGGCAUUCCUUUGCGAAACCGCAGCGGUGUUACGUUUUAUGUAUUUAUAUAUAUAUAUAUAAAUAUAUAUAAAUAUUUACGAAUAAAAAAUAUUCUGUUUGAUAUUAUCGAUUGUUGAACGUUGUUGUUUAUUUGGCACACUUGUACUUUACUGUAUCAUAAAGAAAAAAAAUAACUAUGUAUCGCUAUGAUAAUUCUUAUUGUAUUAUUACGAAAAUCGAUUAAUUGUCGCCGACAUCAUCUCAUCGGUAUAAAACUAUCAAUUUCGAUCGUCAGCGCCAUCGUUCGCAUGAUUUUUAUCAAUUGUUAUUAUUAUCAUUAUUAUUAUUAUUAAUCAAUAAUCUCAUUAAUACUAUUAUGACAAGUAUGAUGAAAAGCGUACACACAGACACAUUCAUACACAACAUAGACAUAAUAAACGUAAUCACAAAUUGUGCAUUAUAUUUUAAUUAUCGCAUAUAUGAUAUCACACACGCAUUCGGUAUUCAUUAUAGUAUGUUUUUAUUAUCUAUCAUCGAGAGAGGGUAGCUCUAGUUUCGGAAAGGAUAAACGGAGCGCGCAAAUCUGACUCUUUCACGAAGCGUCGCGAGAUUCGCGUUGAAAUUAUUUUUUGUAUCGAAAUCGCGAGAGAAAGCGUGCGCAUCCUUCAACUUUCUUUCACGAGAUGAAGGAAAGAGGUAACGUACAUAUACGUAUUCGCGUUACCCUCGUAAAUAUAUCACCUUGAAUUGUGCGUAAUUUCUCCUCUUAUUCCCUUCCCUCGCUGGGCGACGCUUCGCGGAACGGUCAACACGGCAAAAAAAAUAAUAUAUUUAUGGUACGAAGCAUUACGAGUUUAAUUUUUUCAGACGAAAGAAACGAGAUAAACGUGAAAUGAAGAAAAAUGGCAGAUCGCCUAGUUUAGGCUUAAUUGAAUGAUAAGAUAAUUAAUAAUGUAUAAAAAUACAUCAAUAUUUAUUGUACAUAGAUCUAAAAAAAGACUACUAACAAAUAAAAAAGAAAUCAAAAAUAUAUAA